UAGCAGCUGCUCGCUCCGCCCUGUGUCUGCCUCUCCCGGCUUUCGGCCGCAAUUCCUGCUGCGCCACAGCCAUGGCGGCGCUGACGGUGAAAGCCUACCUGCUGGGCAAGGAGGAGACGGCCCGCGAGAUCCGCCGCUUCUCCCUGCCGCCGCCCGCCCGCUACCGGGCCAUCUACGACCGUGUCGCCGAGCUCUUCCAGGGGCUGCUGCGGGCCGGGCCGCCGCCCGCCUUCCGCAUGCACUACAAGGAUGAGGACGGGGACCUGAUCGCUUUUUCCACCGACGAGGAGCUGGAGUUGGCGAUGCCGUAUGUGCAGGAUGGCGUAUUCCGUGUUUACAUCAAAGAGAAAAAGGAGUGCAAGCGGGAGCACCGCUCACAGUGCAGCCAGGAGCCUCCCCGCAACAUGGUGCACCCCAAUGUCAUCUGUGAUGGCUGUGAGGGACCCGUGGUGGGGACCAGGUUCAAGUGCAGUGUCUGUCCAGACUAUGACCUGUGUAGCACCUGUGAGGGGAAAGGAAUCCACAAGGAGCACAACAUGGUGAUGUUCCAAAGCCCACUGCUUAAUCCAUUUGAGUGGCUUCCCCGAGGACGCUGGCUCCGUAAAAUGCGCCAUGGUGUUCCACCCUUCCCGUGGAUGCACUGCUGGGGGUAUCCUGGGCCUGCAGCUCCCUGCCAGAACUCAGAGCAAGCUGAAGCCACUGCUGCAGCCCCCAGUGCACCUGCUGCAGAAGAAGCUUCUACUAACAGCCAGCCUCAGGACCCCAAUGUCACCUUCCUAAAGAAUGUUGGGGAGAGUGUUGCAGCUUUUCUGAGCCCCCUGGGUAUUGAAGUUGAUAUCGAUGUGGAACACAGAGGAGAGAGAAGCAAAGUGACUCCCACUUCUGCCAACCAAGAGAAUACCAAUGCUGAGGCAACCAACAGUACUCCAACCCAGAAUCUUCAGACCAAAGCAGACUGGAAUAAUACAGACUCUGCUACACAAGUAAACGUUGUUGCAGAACAGAUACAAGACAUGGUGAUAGAUCCUGUGCCCACACAAAUGGAAGAUGGAAGCUUCCACUCCCAGGAGCACAGUGAGUCCAGCAGUUCAUCGGGGGGUGAGGAGGACUGGACCCACUUAUCAUCCAAAGAAGUGGAUCCUUCCACAGGUGAACUGCAGUCUUUGCAAAUGCCAGACACAGAUGGUCCCAGCUCCCUGGAUGUGCCUCGGGAUCCUCCCCAGCCAGGACCUACAGGACUGCGAGAAGCUGCUCUCUACCCACACCUCCCCCCAGAAGCAGACCCUCGCCUCAUUGAGUCCCUGUCCCAGAUGCUCUCCAUGGGCUUCUCUGAUGAGGGUGGAUGGCUCACUCGGCUCCUGCAGACCAAGAACUGUGACAUUGGGGCAGCACUAGAUGCCAUCCAGUAUUCUAAGCAGCCACCUCACUUGUAGUAGUAACAAAAAGCAAUUUUCUAGCUGAAAGCAGAUAAUGCAGCACAAGCUACUGUGGUUAAUCUUUCUUCCUACUCUGGGUUUCUGUCUCAUGUUAUUCAGUGCUUGUAGAAUGGAAGGAAAAAUAAAUACUACUGCAUGUGA